GAAGCACAUCAGGACGCCGUGCGCCUGCACCUGCGCCAUCCAUCCAUCAGUCGUCCAUCAUCCAUCCUCCGCAGCUGUGCGCGCUGGAUUGCGGCUUGUCUGCGCCCAGACGGCCGCAUGACGACGUCACCAACGCGGCCAAGAAGCACCGAGGAGGAGCCCACACGGUGGAGCCCAUGUUCACUCCACCAGGCAGGGCCCCCGCUCUUGGCCAAGCGGGGGCCAACGGACCCUCGCUGCCUUCGUCCGCCACCUCCUUUCCUAACCCUGUGGCCCCGCCCACUUGUAACACCGUGAGGACGCGCUCCGUCGGCACCAACACACAGGAAGUGGCCCUUCCUUCCACGCACAACUCAGACGCCGAUUUCCUGGGCCCCUGUCAGCCGGGUACCAGCGUCAACCUGGAGGGCAUUGUGUGGCACGAGACCCAAGGAGGUGUGUUGGUGGUCAACGUGACGUGGAGGAAGAGGACCUAUGUGGGAACACUGUUGGACUGCACCAAACUUGACUGGGCUCCUCCCAGGUUCUGCGAGUCUCCGUCCAGUGACCCAGAGAUGCCAGGUGGGCGUGGCCGUGGGAAAAGGCUGCGUCUGGCUUUGGCAGACCAGCCCUGUGGGGCUCCGACACCACCAGUCAAAGUGCGAGGCCUGCCGCAGCACCGGAGCCGGGGCGGCGGAAUGGUAGCCUUACCGGUGCACAGCAAAAGCCGGCGCGGAAGUUUGAAACUCCUUAGCAACUGCAGAGCUCCUACACCCUUCUUCACCACGGAAGAAACCAAAACCACCAACCGGGCCCCAGUCCUCCCGUCCGGCAAGCGGAAGAACAAACCGCCGACUGACCUGGACCUCAGUCUGGUUUCCUCGGAGGACAUUAAGAACGGGAACGGGAAAAGGAUUCGAGCCAAAUCCCGCAGCGCCCCUUCCACGCCGCAGGGAAAGUCGGACCCCUCUUUCCUUGACCCGGGGGGAGGUUGCACCUCCUCACCUCUGCCAAUUCUCAUCGACUGCCCCCACCCCAACUGCACCAAGCGCUAUAAGCACAUCAAUGGGUUACGCUACCACCAGACUCACGCCCACCUUGAGGUGGAGGAGCAGAGGAAUCCUGAGAGCGAGGAACGACUGUCAGACUGCGAGGACACUGUCUAUGACCUCAUGGAGUCCACCAACAAUGGCACCACUGCCAACACCUCAGCCAAAAAAGCCGCCCCGUUGUACAAGGUGACCUCGGUGGGCUCUCCCAAGAACCGGCGGCUGCUUCUCAGCACUAAAACCAGGAGGAGCUCCCUGCUGAAGGAUGGCUUGAUGGAUGACCUUAGCAACCUGCCCAUCAUUUCCAAUAUGACUGUGGUUCUGGAAAACUGCAUGGUGCCGGACCGGAGCGCCACUGUGGAGAUGCCCAAGCUGGAAGCCGAGGGUCUGAUUGACAAGAAGAUCCUCUGCGACAAGACCAAAAAAGCCAACGGAAAGGUAGACAAGCUUUCCAAGUCGCGGACUAACCGGCUGAUUGCUCCCGCCCCUCCCCCUCCGAAGCUUAUUGCAAUACCCAAUGCGCCGUAUCCAACAGACAGCGGUGUUUCAGAGCAGUCUUCGCCUGUGCCAGCCGUGGGCCUGAGCAGCAAGAACUCCUCCCUUAAACCCAUUAAGCCGAAGCUUAGCAUUGUCGUGGAACCCAGCCUGGUCAAAGCCACACUGCUGACCUGCAAAGACACCCGCAAGAAAGAAAAGCGAAGGCUAAAGGACAAACACAACCGCGACACGUCCGGUCUGACUGCAAACGGUGACCCCAUCAAAAUGGAAGACAGCGCUUCUAAAGUUGCUGCCAAGGAGAUUCCCGGGAGUCUCCUGAAGGAGCACCUGAGCAAGCAAGAUGUGACGAACGGGCUCAACGAGACCCAGGAAAGCCGAAUGGCAAGUAUCCGUGCUGAGGCCGACAAGGUCUACACCUUCACAGACAACGCCCCCAGUCCGUCUAUUGGAAGUUCGUCGCGGCUCGAUGCCCCCAGCAGUUGUCUGGUGAUAGGGGACAGCAAGGACAACAGCCCCGCCUACUCAGACAUCUCUGAUGCGGGGGAUGACGGAAUGUCGUCCGAAAAUCGCCUGGAUGGAAUUAGAUCGAGGUCAGGUCCCUCUGUAUCGUCUGGAGUCAACUCUAACAGUAACCAUCAUAACGCCAGGAAGACACCACCCACAGUGCCCGACCCAACUUCCAUAAAAGAGCCCCUGUCCCCAUACUACCACAGUUUUGAGCCGUAUUUCCUGCCGGGUUAUGUGCAGGCGGACAGGCAGAAUACCUACCACAAAACUUCCUCCCACGAUUCUAAAUGUAAAGAUCGAAAGGACGACGCUAAAGACGAUGACAAAGGUUCUAUCCACGACUUUGUGGAGUGUAAGAAAGGCGAUGGGCAGCCGCCACCGUCUCAGCUGCAGCUUGCCAUGAGUCAGACCCAGACCGCCUUAGCCCAGUCGCUGUAUUACGGGCAGUACUCACGAGGACUCUACAUGGACCACAAACUCCUAUUGGCCUCCUGUGAGCAGAAGCAGCGUGCUGAGAGGGGGCUGGCUGGGCGAGAUGGGAAUGUCAGACACACCAGCGGAGCUAAAGUUCCAGAAGUUGCUAAAGGCUGCUGUCCCAAAGCCAUCCUGUCCUACUUGGAGGAGAGGGGGGAAAGGGGGCUGGGCUUGAAGGUGGACCAGCACCGUAUCUCAACCAAAGACUGCGAGGACAUCAAGUCACCUUCUUCCUCCUCUUCCUCAUCUUCAUCCUCGUCACACCACAACCCCAACACUCAGACAGAUCUGGACUCAAAUAUUCCCUAUUCCAGCCCCCCAGACGGCCCCACGUGGCCCCACCGGCUGGCUCACAGCAAAUUCUCAGAGCUGGAGAGUCCACUUGGGGAGGCAGCAGAUGAGGGGGACAUGGAGAGGUCUAAGGAGUGGGGGAGUACCACUGAGCCGGCCGGGCCCAAAGCGACCUCAGCAGGAGGGGGCAUCACCCGUGAUGCUAAAAAAGUCCACGGACCACACAACCUUCCACCCCCGGUCGACCCAGAUGACUCAGACGGCUUGGAGGGGCUGCAGGAGGAACCCAUGGGAGUCCUGUCAGGGGAGUCGCAAAGUGCCCGGGCGGCGGUGUCUCCCCCAAUGACCCCCCAGCAGCCUUACAUCCAGUACCAGCACUCCUCGUACCCGCCCUACCUAGCCAUGUGUGAGAGUGGCCGGGUCUCCUACAGAGGGGCAUCCCCCACACUGGUCCACAACUACCCAGGCUUCCACUACCCUUUGUACGGCAAGACAGCGGGACGGGAGGAGUCCGAGACCAGUGAGAAAGGUUCCCCUGAGGCAGAUCACGAAGUAGACCGAAGCGACCGAAGCCAUGUGGCAUUGGGCCGACACCUUCACACACACCAUCACACACACUUGGGACUCACCUACAACCUGGUGGCGGGACAGUACGACAUCUACCCAGGUUUAAGCUCCAGGUCUCUGGUGUCUGGUCCGCAGGUGUCUGGACGAACUUCUGCUGAGAGCGAGGUGAAGAAGUAGUGACGUGGCAGAAGGAGAAGACUCACACAUCAAUUCCGUGGUGUUCCUUGGUGAAGCCUCACUGUGAGAGGCAGACGAGAAAAACGAACAACAAAACAAGAAUCCUUUCUUACAAGCGCCACCUACCGUGCAGGUGUUUUGUAUCGCACAGAAAGUGGACUUUGUGGAAGGAAAAGUGUACAAAAUAUAGGGCGGUGUUUCUAAACGCACAUUGUUUUGACUGAAUGUACUGAUGAUGAAGCUACAUUUGUAUCGCUACCCGCUAACUGUACGUGUUGAUUGUAUCGUCCGAUGUGAGCGUAGCCCUUCUUCUUCACGCCGCUGUACAUAGCAACCACAGUCAUGCGCUCAUUAGCAAAUGUUCACCGCCACUGGACGCGUGGGAGGAAGGGGCGGGGCUUAAAGGGGGGGCUGCAUUCCAUAAAAGUGGUCAUUCUCAUACCCGACCAUGAAAAGUGAGUGAGAUGAAGUCAUGUGAUGUCGUAAAACAAUGGCAACAGCCAAAAAAAACAAAAAACUAUCAAAUCAAUAUAUUCAUGUUUACCUGAAAAUGUUGUGGGCCUUGAACCGCGGUGAGUAGAAUAUUCCCGACUUUGAUUUUGUCAAAAUAACCCAAGGAUCAAUAAUUACACGACACUUUACACACAGUAGUCUUGUUGAAGUUAGCAUGUUCUGAAGGGGCGGUCCGAAUUUUUUGCCAUGACAACUAGGGGGCUCAGCUAAGGCGUUGCGACUAAGCGAGUGGCUUCUACUUGCGGGAGCAAAACCCUUCAAAUGAAACAAGUGCCCGUAAAGACAACAAAAACAUUUUCCCUGGUGGAGGCAGCACUUCAUAUAGUUAGUGUAGCAGAUCCAAGCAUGUGGCGCAUGUAGUGGACACAUCUCCAAAUAUUUCCCCCUACCCCUUUCCAUUUACGCCAUCACAUAGACAAUUUCACCAAGUAUGUGCUGCUUAUCAGAAGCUAAACUAAAGUUAAUCUGUGCAUCUAACAAAACGUAAUGCAACUCUGCUUGCUUAUUUGACUUUGACGUAAUAGUUUUACACAGCAUAGCUCGCCAAGUCAUGGGUGGAGAAGCUCUGUGUGGGCAUGGAAUUAUAUUAAUUAGCCCCACUCUUAUGUAAAGUCCCUCCAGAGACCCAACAAUUUGUACACAACACAUUAGAAUGUUUAUUUUACAUCAUAUGUCCCCUUUAGCGGCACGGUGGCCGACUGGUUAGAGGGUCAGCCUCACAGUUCUGAGGAGCAGGGUUCAAUCCCCGGUCCCGCCUGUGUGGAGUUUGCAUGUUCUCCCCGUGCCUGCGUGGGUUUUCUCCGGGCACUCCGGUUUCCUCCCACAUCCCAAAAACAUGCAUUAAUUGGGGACUCUAAAUUGCCCAUAGGUGUGAAUGUGAGUGCGAAUGUUGUUUGUUUGUAUGUGCCCUGCGAUUGGCUGGCAACCAGUUCAGGGUGUACCCUGCCUCCUGCCCGAUGAUAGCUGGGAUAGGCUCCACCACGCCCGCGACCCUAGUGAGGAGAAGUGGCUCAGAAAAUGGAUGGAUGGAUGGAUGGAUGUCCCCUUUAGCACAAACUCUAUGUAACCAAAUUCUGUAUGGACAAAUACCUCGUCAAAUAGGACAUUUCUGACUUCCCAGUGGCCAUUGAAUGCACCUUACCAAUCACUUUUUUGAUUUAAAUUGACGCCUUACUACUGCGCUUGUACAGAACAUCUACAACAAUCCUCAUCCUAAUGUAGUGGUUGUCAAACUUUUUACACAAAGUACCACCUGAAAAAAUAUUUAGCUCUCCAAGUACCACCAUAAUGACCAACAUUAAAAUACAGUAACAGCAGUUGGCCUAAAUUUUUAGGAAAUGCGAGAAAGAGGUUUUAUUCCUAAAAAGUACAGUUAAUAUUAUCAUACGCCACUAUAUAUUGAACAUUAAGGCUGUGAGUUAGAUAAAAACUGUACUCAAAAAUGUUUUAAAAACAAACGGGUAAAGAUUAAAUGCAAAUAUAUUGUCCUUAAAAGUUCAAUGCAACUGAACUGCACUUGAAAAAUGUACUGUACUUGAAAAGUAAAAAAAAGGAAGAAAAAAAAGCAGGCUGUAUGCAUAGCUACAUGCUUCAUUCUAAUGUUUGGUCGUAUUAUUUAAAAUGUCAAUUUUAUUUGUAUUGAUUCUUUCGUAUACCACGAGAGGGUGCCCGCGUACUACGAGUGGUACUCGUACCACACUGAGAAUCACUAUCCUAAUGGAUGACCCUGUCAAGCGGAAUUAUGUGUUUAUUUAUUUUCCCAGCAGCCCUUGAAUGCACCAUUGUCAAACUUCGACACACACAAUAGAAUAGAAUCAGCCUUUAUUAGUCCUGCAAAUGUGUUAUAAGUUUGCAACUAGUUUGUGCCUAAAAUGUCAAAUAUUAAAACUGAUCAGAGGUGCGCAGAAAUCAAAUACAGUUAUUUUUUUGUUAGUUUGCAUUCAUAACAACACGUAGAGCAAAACAGUACACAGAUUGUCAUAAAAAUAGUCCUUACAGAUGAAGCCAAGAGGUUUAUUUCCGACUUCCCAACAGCCCCACCAUUAGAUGGUGUCAACAUAAAAGAAUAGAAUAGAAUAAGCUUUUAUUAGUCCUGGAAAUGUGUUUAUGACAUUUCCGUCAGGUCUGUGCCGGGAAAUGUAGGACAUAAAGUUAUAGGGGGCAUUUGCAGUUAGAAACUGCUCACAAAAUUUGAAUGUAGCCUAUUAAUUUGAUUUUCCAGAGGCGGAUAUUCCACUAUAGUUUCAACAAAGCUCCUGAAGCCCAAAGGAACAGGUCAGUGCAAAGCUGAUGGUGUGAUGAUUGACACCACCUCAGUCACGCCUUCUGUCUAUGGUAGUUUUUCUUUGGGCGGCAUGGUUUCCUGCAAAUCACAUUAGAGGGGCAAGAUGGGGCCAGGAUUUUUUCCCCCACAGUUUUUUUUUUUUUUGAAUUGCAAAUUCUCCCUUAAAUAAGAGGUACUCGGACAUACCAUUUUUGUUUUAGUUCUUUUUAAGAGACAUUUUCAAGAACAAAAGCAGUCCACUUUAAAAUGGGAGUUCCACAAUCCUUUGCUCUUGUCCUCACCCGCCCCACCAACCUUUAUGUGCCCCGCUCCUCCAAUGCACAAUGCACUACCUGAGCCUGUGAUGCUGGAUUUGAAGUGACUUGUAGGGAUAUGAAAUAUAAUAUGUGGUGCUGCUCUUUGACGUGAGCCCCCCUGUUGCAGCCAUACUCUCACAUCAAUAAUAAUAUCUAAACGUAGCAAAACUUAAAUGGAUCCAACUUUAAAUGAUCAUGUAUUCUGUUAUGAUGUUGUGUGUCCUCCAGCAACGGCUCUGCCUCACUCCAUACAAACUACAUACAUAUUACAUAGAGUACAUACAUAAUACAUACGUACAAACAGUACUACUUGAACAUGGUGAUCCAAUAUCUGUUUACAAAAUGCUACCACGGAGGACUGCUGUUGUCAUCCAGUGGCCAUGGUGUAUCCAAUGAAUAUAAAUUCAUAUGUUAUGAUUAUUAAUAUAGCUCUGACAUCAACAUGGAACCUGCUGUUGCUUUUUUAUACUGUA